AUGCUUGGUUCUUACUUGCAAUUUUGUCAUGGUUGGAUUGAUGCCUCUGGAGAUUUCUUAGCAACUCUGGAAGUAUUCGGCGUGUUCUGCCCAGGAGUAUUCAGCAUCCGAUUUUCGGAAUGUCGGCCAGGAUGGUUUGCCUGCAAUAGCAGCAACAUCUGCGUGGAGCAGAAAUUCAUCUGCAACAAUAACCCUGACUGUGAUGACGGAUCCGAUGAAUGGGACUGCAAUGAUAAGAACAAGGACAACUACUACAAUUCUUUAUUCCAAAAGAGACCUGACGAAGAUCGGGAAAAAAUGGAACUGAAAAAGUGCACAUUGUCUCGCAUAGUCCCACCUUGUCAAUGCUCUUGGAAUAGCUUGUUCUGUGAAAAUAGAGGGUUGAAAAGCAUACCAACCCAUUUGCCAGAUGAGAUCAAAGAACUGGAUCUAUCAGGAAACGAUUUUUCCAUCAUCAGACAUUCCGACUUUAACAACAUGUCCCAACUUCAACGUUUGAUUUGCAAGAACUCUGGAGUGACAAGCGUUGGAGAAAUGGCAUUUUACAAGCUUACAUCAUUGAGAUACCUGUACUUGAAUGGAAACAAGCUUUUAGUUAUUCAAAAUGGAACUUUUGCUGGAAGUACAUCACUUCGUUUCCUGUACCUAUCUCACAACCCAAUUCAAGAAUUGGAAGAUGCUGCCUUCAUGGAUCUGGAAAAUUUAGAAGAAUUGAAUUUGCGACAUUGCUCCUUAUCUUUUGUAAAUCCAUCGGCUUUGAAACCACUAAAGAGUCUAAGAUCGCUCUGGCUGGAUGAAAAUAAUUUGGUGACUUUGACUGAUGGCGUUUUUCGUUGGCUUCAAAAUCUUGAGUUGUUGUAA